AUGGCGAUUUUCAGUGUGUACAUCUUGAAUCGAGCCGGGGGACUUAUUUAUCAUUACGAUCACGUUACGCCAAAAAGCGAAGUGGAACAAGCAUUUAGCUAUCCUUUAGACAUUGUGCUACGCGAAGAUGAUAAAAUAACAGUGAUUUUUGGUGAAAGAGAUAAUAUAAAAGGUAAGUUUAAAUUCAAUGAUCAUGAGACAUCUUAUUUCCACUCAGUUUAUAAAGUUUGUACAAUGUAAUUAUAUUAAAAACAAUAAAUUUCCUUUAAAUUAGUUGGACAUGCCUUGUUGGCGAUUAAUGGCGAGACCGUCACAGGAAGGCGUCUGUCUGAUGGGAGAGAAGCUAUGGAAGUUAUCAGAGAUCCGGCAAACUACCCACUUAACUUGAAGUUCGGUCGGCCAAAGCUCACAACCAACGAGCGCAUUAUGUUAGCAAGCAUGUUUCAUCCGUAAGUCAAUCAUGCUUGAGACUAAAUUUAAUGUUAUAGUGCACCGACAAAGAAAUAACACAAUACACAAGGCUUUGAAGAUGAUGUGAACUGUGGAAAUACCCGGAAAUACAAAUUUAAAUGUAGAUAUGAUCGCUGUAGUGGUAAUCGCAAAUAUGGGGAAUUGCAAAUUAACCUAAGAAAAAUUUGGGGACUUCAACGGGAUUUGAACCUGUGGCCUCUGCGUUAGUGCUGCAGUGCUCUACCAGCUGAGCUAUGAAGACCCAUACAUUGGGAGCAGGCAAAUUUGUUGAGUUCAUCUUAACCCGUGAGAGGAAUGAAAAAUAGAACGAAGAUGAUCUGGAUGGCUUUGGUGGGAGAAAUUGGGCAGGGAAAAUGCAGCAAAGCAUGGAUAGAACCCACCAACUGGAUAACCCAUCGGAUGAGGGGUCUCGGCACAUGGCUCCAAGGGGGUGCCUCAUGCCUGUACUGAAAGGCAAGCAUGAUUCACACAUCCAUGUGGCUGGAAUUACUUGUAUGUCCUUGGUUAAGUAAACCAAGUCCAGCAGUAUUCCCAUCUCUCCCCACCCCCUCACAGGGAUUUAGCAGAAGGCUGAAGGGGUCCCGCAGGCAGCGAUUCCCCGCCCAACCCCCCCAAAAAUGCCAAGUAGAACAAAGGAUUAAAUUAACUGCAAGUAGAACAAGAAGUUCCAGUCCUAAAACAGGGGUUUCAAUAAGUUUUUGCAUAAGUGGGUACUUAAGAGUAACAGGCGGGUAUAUUUGCCGAAGGUCCCAAGGGCCUUCGACCAUAGGGGGAUCCGGGAGCAUGCUCCCCCGGAAAAUUUUGAAGUUCUAGACUCUCGCAGAUGCAUUUUCAGGUCUUUUUUUGUUGCUUUGUUUUUACAUUUUUUUGCUCCUAAGUCAACUAAUUUAAACAAAUUGGAAGAGAAUUAUGUUACAAUGAAGUAGUCAUAGUCAAAACCUAUUUUGCCAAAUUUUUGGGCAAGAAUUCGAAGCUGAGAUGAAAUUAUCUGGUCUUAGUUGACGUUCAUGUGAAGGCUCCAAGCGGGUAAUCAGCCCGUUGCAAGCGGGUAGAUCUACCCGCUUCCCGGCUAAUAUUGAAACCCCUGUAAAAGACCCUCUCUCCAGUUAAAUGCAAGGGGGGGAGGUGGGGGUGGGUGGGUGCUUACUCCAGGUGGCUUGGUUUUGGUAAGAUCAAUGAUAAGUGACUUAGAGGUAACCCCUGCUGACCCCGCUGAGGAAUGGAAUAGAGUGAAGCAUUGGUGGAGAAAGGGGGAGCCAGGUAGCGAAUACCUCAUGGAUUAGAGCAAGCUAACUGGGUGCAUUUUAUGUGAGUUAUGCCCUAGCAUAAUCUUACCACUUUUAUAUGUAACUUGAUUUGUUUGCAGGCUGUAUGCAAUCUCUGCUAAACUGUCUCCAGAACAAAGAUCUUCUGGAAUUGAAGUAUUAGAAGCAGAUUCCUUUAAACUUCAUUGCUACCAAACACAUACUGGUAGGUUCUAAAAAGAUUUAAAGAUGUUUUUUGUAUAGUUUGUGAACGGAUCAAGAAGAUAUCGGGGUCAGAUAAAAUAUGGGAAAGGUCAAUAUAAAUAGCUAAUGGCCAAAAUUCCUCUCUGUCAUUUCCUGACAAAAAGAACUUAUAUACCAUACUACUAAGAAUGUAAUUAAAGAGCAUCAGUCGAUAUUAUUUUAAAAUCAUGAGUGUAUGCAAGAAAACUUAGGAAUUUUGAUGAAGAAGUUGUUCACUAGCCUGAUAGAUUUCUUACAGUUAAAUUUUAAUUUCAGACGAUCUUUAAAGGAUAAGCACCAAAAUUUUCAAACUAGCUGAAAUUGUUCCAGCUCAUGUACAAGUUAAAUAAAAUGCCUUCUGAUGUAAACAGUUCAUCUUCUUGGUGAAAUUUCUAAUAUAUUAAUAAAUUCCAUAUCAGCCAUAUCUGCAUAUGAGUUCAAAUUUACUCUCUUUGUGCUUGUUGAAUUUCAACAGGAUUAAAGUUCAUAGUGCUAACAGACCCAAAACAACUUGGAAUGGAUAUAUUCUUAAAAAAGAUUUAUGAGCUUUAUUCGGAUUUUGCCCUGAAGAAUCCAUUUUACUCACUGGACAUGCCCAUAAGGUAACAACAAAAUGAUUUUACAAAACUUUAUUUAACCAGGAAUUGUUUGAGCUUAAAUGAGGAGUAACUUUCAGAUAAAAUUAUGUUGCCUUAAAAUGCAGUUAGUGAUGUCAGAAUACUACUUACAUAUAACUAUUAUAAACUAAGAGUACAUUUAACCCUUUAAGCCCUAAGAGUGAUCAGCAUCAAAUUUCUCCUUGUAAUAUCAAUGCUUUGUAAAACAGAGUGGUCAUGAGAAUUACAGACAUGAUCACACAAGAUGAAUUUGAUUGAUAUUUUAUCAACUUCUCCCCACUAAUUCUGUAGGAAAUGAAAAGGGGCAACAAAUAAGAUAUAAAUUUUUGAUCUUAGGGUAGGGUAAAUGUCAAUGUAUUGAGCAUUGUUAUCUAUUGAGGACACUGCUUGUACAUCUCCUAUUAAAGAUAUUUGUUUACAUGGUCAUCCAAGCCACGUGAAGGUCUAGCCAUUUGCAGGGCAAAUGGAUGGACCUUGAUUUAUAAAAAGGGUCUUUGCUAAAUAGCAAAGUUAUUGUUUUAAGCUUGAGAACAGGUGCUUAACUUGUAUUUUUGGUUUGCAACCAUGUGACAAGGUGGCCAUGUUGGUAGACAAAGCAAUACAAAUUUUUGUUCGCAGAAUUUGUAUGAAAAAGGGGUUUAAUUCCCAGCAGAGGGAAACACUGUUGUUCUUGUCAAUUGACAUGGCCGCUGUGACGUCAACAGUGAACCAGCAAUAGUGCUGAUUUAACUAGGCUUCUCUCUCUUUAGGUGUGAACUGUUUGACACAAACUUACAGAGAGCGUUGGAUCAGGCUGAGAGGUCAAGCAAUCCCUCUUUAGCUUAA